AUGCCCAGACUACGUAGACAAUCGUCUCAACAACGUCAACGUUUAACGGCAUUGAGAGUUCGUACGCAUAGAGACCAAAAUCCUGCGGAUGGGGAAAGGAACGCUCGCAUUUUAGCCACAAGAAGGCAGGAUGCCGAAUUUAGGGAUGCCGAGCGUGAAAGAGACCGCAUUGCUCGACAAUCGAGGAGAAGGUCCUCCUUCAACAGAGCAGUUGAGCAGUUACGCGAUAUGGCUCAACAUUCUCGUCGCCGAUUGGAUGAAAAUUACCGACUUAUAGAACAAGAACGCAAUACGACGGAGCAUUCGAUCCGUCGAGAAAACGAAAGCUAUAGGCAGGUGGAAAGAGAACGGGAUGCCGAAGGACAUCGUAUACGCAGAGAAAAUGAAAGCAUUCGACAAACUGAAAGAGAGCGGGAUGCCGAAGGACAUCGUAUACGCAGAGAAAAUGAAAGUAUUCGACAAAUUGAAAGAGAGCGGGAUGCCGAAGGACAUCGUAUGCGUAGAGAAAAUGAAACUUAUCGCCAAACAGAAAGAGAGCGGGAUGCUGAAGAACACCGCAUUCGUCGCCAGGACGUUAAUUUCCAAACAUCGGAACAAGAACGAAAUACAGCCGAACGUUCACGUCGUCGGGAAAACGAAGACUAUAGACAAGCGGAAAGAGAACGGGAUGCCGAAGAACAUCGUGUUCGUAGGCAGGACAUAACGUAUAGAUUGUUCGAGCAGGAACGAAAUACUGCCGAACAUUCAUUACGCCGGGAGGAUGAAAGUUAUCGACAAGCUGAACGAGAGAGGGAUACUGAAGCACACCGAUACAACCGCCAAUGUGCUGUAAGGGGUGCCGUUGUUAAUGUACCAAUUCAAUUAGACAAAACAGUGAAUGUACUUCCACGAAACUUUAAUCAAACGGAAGUUGUUCAAGUUCAUCUAAAGCGUAGGCUAAAAUAUGAACAAAGUUUCAUGACCGAAACCAUACGACCAGCAAAAAUUUACGAGGCAGCAAGAUAUCUCAUAAAUACAGAACUGUAUACGAAACAUAAUAUAGUUCUUUCCGCGGAAUGGUUGAAUAAUGUUAGUUCUGCUGAAGAAAUACCUUUCGUUUCCAACGUGGAAGACGCAGAGGUAGUCUCUCAAUUAAUAAAUAAUAAUUUAGCACAGGAUGAUAUUGAAGAAGUGAACCCACAAGAAACUUUAUUAGAUAAUAAUCCUGUAGAAAAUAUGCCAUUGCAGCGUAUUUCCGUGGCUCCCGGCGAAGGACAGCGGCCGUUAGAUAUGCUCUUGGACGAGGAUUCUGAGGAACUUUCCUAUCCUACAAUAUACUGCGAGUUUUCCCGCAUUAAAAGCAGCAUUUCUACUUGCUUAAGGAAAAAGGUUGGAAAUAGACAAUUUACGGCGGCUGAGGUUUUGGAUGAUCAAGUUAUCCACAAUCUUGUUCAACAUGACGACGGUUAUCACAUUUUGAAAGGCAUACGAUCUUCGCCAGCUCACUGGGAAGGAGAAAAGAGAAAAGUUUUAGCCAUGAUAAGACAGUUUGGACUUCCGACAUUUUUUAUUACGUUGUCUGCUGCCGAAUCCCAGUGGCCCGAAUUAUUAGUAAUUCUAGUGAAAAUAUUGGAAGGAAAAGACAUUACUGAAAUGGAAGCUAUGUCCUACUCAACUCAAAAAAA